AUGCCUCCUAAAGCUCACACUUCCAAUUCUGAGUCGGAGUCUCGGGCUAGGAGUAACGCCGGUAACCAAAAUACGGGAGCUGUCAAUAAUAAUGCUAGAAACUCUGGCAAACAGCGACUAACGGCUGCACAACAACAAUAUUUGCGCGAUCUGAUACGCACGCAUGUGCAGAAUAACCACCCGGACAACUUUCCGAAAGCGCAUCCGGUAGACUUUGAGGCGUACUCUGACGAGUUUUUGCGCCGUUACAAAGACCAUUUUCAGUUGCCGCUCGAGGACAAUUUGUCGCUUCAGGGGUACAUCCUGGGCUCGAAGCUGGGCGAAAAGACUUACUCUUUCAAAAGGAAUGAGACUGGAGUACCAGGUGCCCGAGUUACCAAGAAGAGACUCGCCUCUGAGGUCAAGAAACACUUCACGUCUUACAACGUGAAGGAAACUGAGUGUAUUCCAGCUUUUAUUUACAAGGUGAAGAAUCAGAAAAAGAGAUUCAAGAUGGAGUUUAAGGACUAA